AAAUUGGAGCAGGAGACCAGACUACACUUGUGAACGUCCGCUCCUUGGUUGUGUAUUCACGGAAGCGAGUGCGGUUUUAGGUUGCUCGGUAUUGGUCAACAUAUCAGCGUACACUACAUUAUACCAAGACGUGUUCGAACUGCUGCGAUCAUCUACUGACUCGAAUUUCGAAUUUAUAAAAGUUAGUGAUCGUUGAAUCUCGGACAAUCCGACCAUGAGUGCUCCGGAUGUGAAAUACAAACAGAUUUUCAUCAACAAUGAGUUUGUGAAUUCUGUGAGUGGUAAGACGUUUCCCACCAUAAAUCCCUGUAAUGAAGAGAAGAUAUGUGAUGUACAGGAAGGAGAUAAGGCUGAUAUAGACCUUGCAGUAAAAGCGGCAAGAGAAGCGUUUAAACUUGGGGCACCAUGGCGUACGAUGGAUGCAUCGGCAAGAGGAAGGCUGCUGUACAAGCUGGCUGACCUAAUUGAUAGAGAUACAGAAUACCUGGCAAAAUUAGAAACGCUAGACAAUGGGAAGCCGUAUACAACAGCUGUAGGAGAUAUGUCCAGGGCAGCAACUAUGUGUCGUUAUUAUGCUGGUUAUGCGGAUAAAAUCCAUGGAAAAACAAUACCAAUAGAUGGUUCUUUUUUCUGUUACACUCGUCAUGAACCUGUCGGCGUGUGUGGAUUGAUCAUUCCAUGGAAUUUUCCAUUCACUCUCAUCUUCUUCAAGCUUGCUCCGGCACUCUGCUGUGGAUGUACAUGUAUAGUCAAACCUGCAGAGCAAACACCGCUUACCGCAUUGUAUGCCGCUUCACUCAUUAAAGAGGCGGGUUUCCCACCAGGAGUUGUGAACAUUGUACCAGGAUACGGUCCCACAGCUGGUGCUGCUAUCACUGAACAUAUGGAUGUCGAUAAAGUAGCAUUCACUGGAUCUACUGAGGUUGGACAAAUUAUUCAAGCGGCUGCCGCCAAAUCUAACUUAAAGAGAGUAACAUUAGAACUGGGUGGAAAAAGUCCAAAUAUAAUAUUUUCUGAUGUUGAUUUGGAUAAUGCUGUAGAGUAUGGUCAUCAAGCUUUAUUUAGAAACAUGGGACAAGUCUGCUGUGCUGGCACACGAACAUUUGUACAGGAAGACAUUUAUGAUGAAUUUGUUAGAAAAAGUACUGAAAGGGCCAAGAAACGUGUUAUUGGAGAUCCCUUUGAUGAAAAGACCGACUCUGGGCCACAGGUUGACAAUGAACAAUUCAAAAGGAUAUUGGAGAUGAUUGAAAGCGGCAAAAAAGAAGGUGCUAAACUACAGUGUGGAGGCAGUCGUUAUGGCGAUAAGGGAUAUUUUAUUGAAAGCACUGUAUUUUCUGAUGUCACUGAUGAUAUGCGGAUUGCAAAAGAAGAGAUCUUUGGUCCAGUGCAGCAGAUCCUAAAAUUCAAAACGAUUGAGGAAGUGAUUGAACGGGCCAACAAUACAAAGUAUGGACUUGCUGCUGGUGUAUUUACCAAGGACAUUGAUAAGGCAUUAACUGUAUCUAACGCUCUGCAAGCUGGCACGGUCUGGAUAAAUACUUGGGGUCCUACCACUCACCAGAGUGCCUUUGGUGGUUACAAAAUGUCUGGAAUAGGACGUGAAUUGGGUGAAUAUGGUCUAGAAGAAUAUUCUGAAAUUAAGACGGUGACGGUCAAGCUACCACAAAAGACAUGCUGAGAUGCAUACAUGUAAGGAAUAUUGAAAGCUCCUCAUUGGUCACCUACAGCUAUAAAGAAAUGAAUAUAUGUUGCUUAAAUCGCUAAAAGUUUAUCUCAAUUAAUUCCUACCGGUAGUUUUUUUGCUGAUAUUUUUCUAUCUGUGUAAAUUACUGGGUCAAAAUAGUGUUUUUUGUUAUUGAAAUAGGUGGUGUACACUAACACAGGUGCAUUAACACCUAGACAGCUGGAAAUGGAAUCUAUUUCUAUUAUGUCGUAACCAUAAAUAUACAUUUUUUUUUUUUUAC